AUGUUUCUCGUAACAACAUUAACUCUUAUAUUUGCUUAUGUCAUUUUUUCUGUAUCCUUAACACAAUCUGAUGACGAAUUAGAUGAAACCGAUGAAUAUGGUGAUGUAUAUUAUGAUGGAUUUGAUGAUAUGGAAAAAGUACCCGAUGAAAACGGAAAAACACCAGAACAGAAGAUUUGUAAUAAAUUUGAGCAUUUUCGAGGUGUAGAAGUUUAUUAUUAUUGGGAAAUAUGUAAAACACCUUCUGACAACAAUGGUAAUCGCAAUUAUACCCUGUUAUUAUACUCAUCAGAUGGAAGGAUAUUGGUUGCUACUGAAGGAGUUUCAGUUCCUAGCAUGAAUGGUGAAGAUAUUUAUGGGGAAUAUCUUGCUGUAAAUGAAACAUUUAAUUAAUAAGUGUGGACACAAA